AGAGGCAGGCAGCAGCGUCGCAGCGGCGCUACAACCAUAGCGGCUCUCGGGCUUUGUUUUGUGGAUGUGAAUGAGCUCCAUCACCUCCUCCUUCAGAAAUGUGGACGGAUAUAAGGACAUUGUUACUUUUACACUCGCUGCUCGUGACGCUCCAUCUGUCGGAAGCCACGGAUGAGUGUGAGGAUGGUCAGUUUCAGUGCAACAACAAAAGGUGUAUACCCACCAUAUGGAGGUGUGACGACGAUGACGACUGCUCCGACAACAGUGAUGAAGAAAACUGUCCCAGGAAGACCUGCGCCCCUGCAGAGUUUGCCUGUUUGAACGGCCAAUGUGUGCCGGGACGUUGGCGAUGCGAUGGGGAACCAGAAUGUCCUGAUGGCUCUGAUGAGGCCGAAGAGACCUGCAGCAAACAGACAUGUCCUCCGGAGAAAUUUGACUGUGGGGGAGCCACCAACAAGUGUGUCUCGCUGUCAUGGAGAUGUGACGGGGAGAAAGAUUGUGAGAACGGAGCGGACGAGGAGGAUUGUGCGUCUGAUGCCAAAGCCUGCCCGACCGGUGAGUUCAUGUGUGCCAACCGCAAGUGCUUGGCUCAGGUCUUCGUGUGCGACGGAGACGACGACUGCGGAGACGGCAGUGACGAGCUCAAAUGUACUUCCCCUCUUACCUGCGGGCCCAACCACCUCCGCUGUAACACUUCUGAGUGUGUGCCACUCAUGUGGAGCUGCGAUGGAGAUCCCGAUUGUUCCGACAGCUCUGAUGAGGGGCCUGAACGCUGCGGUGGGGACGGGGUCCCGUACCGCCGGGCAAACUGCACUGAUGGGGAGUUUCGCUGUGCAAACGGGGAGUGUGUGCGGUUGACGUGGAAGUGUGACGGGGAUCCGGACUGCAAGGACAAAUCUGAUGAAUCUGACUGCCCCCUGUUGACGUGUCGUCCAGAUGAGUUCCAGUGCGGCGAUGGUUCCUGCAUCCACGGCACCAAACAGUGUAACAAGGUCCACGACUGUCCUGACCACAGCGAUGAAUCUGGCUGUGUGAACGCCACCAAAUGUGAGGGACCCCUGAAGUUUCUGUGUAAGAAUGGCGAGUGUAUUGACAGCUCUAAAGUGUGUGACUCUAUGAAGGACUGCAAGGACCGAUCAGACGAGCCGAAGAAAGAGUGCGGCUUGAAUGAGUGUAUGAUCAACAACGGCGGCUGCUCACAUGUCUGCAUGGAUCGACCAAUCGGCUUUGAAUGCCAGUGCCCCACCGGCUACCAGCUCCUGGACAAAAAGACUUGUGGUGACAUCGACGAGUGUGAGAACCCAAAUGCCUGCAGCCAAAUCUGCAUCAACUAUAAGGGAGAUUUUAAAUGUGAAUGCUAUGAAGGUUAUGAGAUGGAUCCGGUGACUAAGACCUGCAAGGCCGAAGGAAAGAGCCCAUACUUGCUGUUCACAAACCGGCAUGAGAUCCGACGGAUCGAUUUAGUGAAGAGGGACUACAGCCAGGUGGUGUCCACACAGAAGAACACUGUGGCUCUGGACCUGGACGUGGCCAACAACCGUGUCUUCUGGUGUGACCGCUUUCACAGGAAAAUCUACAGUGCCUUCAUCCAUGAGGCCAGUGACCCCUCCCAGCAGGUACCACUGCUGGAUUCAUUCCUGCAGACCCCUGUGGGUUUGGCUCUGGACUGGCUCCAACACAACCUAUACUGGGCGGACUCCGGGGACAAAUCCAUCUCUGUGGCCUCAGUGGACGCCACCAAAAGAAGAAUCCUCGUCAACACGGACCUGAGCGAGCCGCGGGCGAUAGCGUUGGACCCCCACCACGGCUUCAUGUACUGGUCAGACUGGGGCACGCAAGCCAAGAUAGAGAAAGCCGGGAUGAAUGGAGUGGACCGACAGGUGCUGGUGGCUGAUAACAUUGAAUGGCCCAAUGGGAUCACUCUAGAUGUAGCCAACAGGCGUCUGUACUGGGUGGACUCAAAGCUGCACCUGAUAGCCAGUGUGGACCUGAACGGAGCUCACCGCAGGACACACAUGUCGUCCUCAGAGAGUCUGGGACAUCCCUAUGCUCUGGCUGUGUUUGAGGAUCGUAUCUACUGGACGGACAGAGACAGAGCGGCAGUCUUCAUGGCUAACAGGUUGACAGGUCAGGAUGUCCAGACGCUGGCUGAAAACCUCAACGACCCCCACGACAUUGCGGUCUUCCACCAGCUCCGACAGCCCCAAGGCCCUGACAGCUGUAAUCUGGGCAGUGUGGCCAAUGGAGGAUGUGAGUACUUAUGUCUGAAGGCUCCACAGAUUACAGAACACUCGCCCAAAUACACCUGCGCCUGCCCCGACGGACAGGACCUGGGCCCCGAUAUGAGGGGCUGUGUGCCAGGAGCACCGAGAAACGACACAGCACCCACAUAUUCGCCUCCGUCUGACACUAGCUCGCUUGUUACUGAAGACUUCCCGCCUCCCUCAGGGGGGGUUUCACAGGCAGAUGCCACCCCCCACUUAACCACAGCUCCCUCUGGUGCCCCCGACUCCCUUACAACCCUCUCCACCCUCAAGCCUCUUUCCUCACAAGCAUCAAAGGCUCUGGGCUCCCACUCCACGGCCACCGCUAUGGUCGUGUCUACCACACCAGCAGGGGACAGCAGCGUCUCUCAACACUCUGGAAGCGAACAUUUCCUCCUGGGCGAGAACCUGACAGUGGCUGUUUUGGGGGUUGUCAUCCCCAUUGUUCCUAUUGUUGCCACAGUGGUGUUCGGCCUGGUGUGCACCGGAGUCUACCUGGUGUGGCGGAACUGGCGACGCAAUUCCACCAAGAGCAUGAACUUCGACAACCCCGUCUACCGCAAGACUACCGGCGAGGGCGAGGAGGAUGAGAUCCACAUCGGACGGACUGACGGCAUGGGACACCACGCGCACCACCACCCGUACCCACAGGGAGUCAACAUGGGAGUCGUUGGAGCAGGAGGUGGCACCUGCCCGCAGUUCAUAGCCCUGCCACUAGGAGGCAGCAUGCCUGAUCCAGGGACUCACUGGUACACGGAGCAGCCUAUGCUCUCAACUACAAAGUGACCAAGAAGAGCGGAAUCCAGGUGAAGACGGCCGCUCAGGCACACGCACACACAGAGAGAGGUCAGGGGUCACUUGGACCAAGUUUCCUUGAAGGGAGAAAGAACAUAUCAUCGAGUUUUACAUGCAGCCAUUCACAGCCAAUGUCCUAUGCCAAACUCUAUUUGGAAAACAGCAGAUUUAAUUACACAAACAUUGUUUCUUUUAAAAACACUUGUCUUUUUUUCUGUGCUGCAGCUGGAUUUUCUCUGGGAAAAAGUUGAGAUUGGAUUUGUCAAUGUGUUUUGAUGUGUUCCCAACAUUGACCUGAACUGAAUUAUGGUGUUGAACUGGUUCCUCUUUUGAGUCUUUUGCAUUGAUCACGAGUGAGGUGUGUGCUGUGUGCUGUGUGUCUUAUAUUUUGUGAUGAGGCUUGUGCCAGCUUCUGUUUCAUCCUCAAUGUUUUAGUUUGUGUAAUUCCUGGUGGGCCACUGGGAGCUCUGGGAGAACUGUUUGGGAGAGUGAGCUCUGAAACUGGGACAGCACCUGCGUUGAUGGGACAAUCUGUACAGAUUCAUGUUUGAGUCAACCACUAAUGUCAUAGAUGUCAUAACUGGAGCUUUUUUGGGAUUAACCUUUUACCGAAAGGUUUUUCUGUUUAGUUUUUAAUUUUCAGACUGAUUUUAAAGAAAGCUUCGACAUCAUGUGCUUUCUCUCUGGUUCAGGAACAAGCCUUUAAGGGUGAGUUGUCUGAGUGCAGCUUUAACACGGCUGAUUUGAGGGGUUAUGUUUUGAUUUGACCUCCAAACCUCCAGAGAUUUAGGAGAGUGCAUCAGGUUUGUGCAAUGGAAAGAAGUAAAUGGAGGCACCCAGAACGCUCUUGGGGCCUUUGUUGUCGAGGAGCAGAGAGGAUGAGAGGUUAGAGAUAUUUUACUUGAGACUUCUGUUGUCUUUAUUGUAACUUGUUUAGGUGUUCAAUGGUUUGAGAAAAGCAAUAGACUGCAGCAUUUAGUUGGGCUGUGGAAUUAUGUGGUUCACAAAACCCCCUUGAGUGUUAAGAAUUUUAUUUGAUCACCCACUUUUGACUGUGACAAAUGCACACAUGAACACACACAGGGGUGCAGUGAUUCCUACUGUUCUCCAGAGGACAGAGACAACUUGCACUUGCCCUCUAAAAAAAAACAAAAAAAAAAAAACACAAACAGCAUGCAUGAUUGCCCACCACCUGACAAUGCAGCCAUUCAUUGUUUCAGGCUAAACACACACAUGAUUGCACGCACACACAAUAGCAAGCUGGAUACCGUAGCCCACUGUGGUCUCCCUGAGAAGGCGGAUAUCUGAGCAGACAGUUUGGAUGGCUCCGUGUGGGAGGGCCCAGCUGGUGGCUGCACACUGAAAAAGACCCGUUAUGUGAUGUAACCACCAAAACUCAAAUCUGACUGUGAUGUAACGAAACCAAAAUGACAAAUCAGAGAACAUGUUUAAUGCCCGUUUAGUCCAGUCAUUAACGCUGUUACUCUAUUUAUAGACCUUUAAAGUCCGUGUAUGUGUGUGUGUUUGUGUGUGUGCGUGUGUGAGUUCAUUUUUACGCAUGUGAGUGCUGCUGUUCAUCCCACAGCCAUAUUUGAAACUGUUUUGUAUGCUCUUUGUUGCACAACCCUCUUUGAAUGCCUUCUUUAUUGUGUACUGCAUGGAAGAAAACAGAUGUGUGGAUACACGGGUGUGUAAGAGUGUAUGUGUGUGUAAGUGUUGUGUGUGUGUGUGUGUGUGUGUAUGUGUAUGUUUGACACUGGAGAGUUUUUGAGGGUGCUUUUUGAUUCAUUGAUUUGUAAAUAUGUUUUCAUAAGGUUUUUGAUAAUGUAUUAUACAAUUAUGUAAAAGAGAAGCUGUACAUAAGAUUUUAGAUAAAGUGUUGACAGGUAUAUUAAUUUAUUUGUAUAAAAGGAGAGCACUGCAUUCCCUGAUUGUAAGAAGUCUGAAUCUUUCCACCAAAGUGGUUUGUGUUGUUUCUUGCUGUGCAUCAUUUAGCAUCUUUUUCAUGUGCAAACCCUUUUUUUUCUCCAUACACCCACGUAAUCAUGGUGACCCCCCCCCCCCUCCUGAAAAAUGACCACCCUUUUGCAAUGAUUACCAACCUUAGUGUUAACGAGAUGAUUGAUUUUUCUUUCUUUGUGCCUUUUUCGUUUACUUUUUCCAUUUUCUUGAAGUGUUUUUCACGAAAAAGGACAGGACAGGGAUCAGCCAACUGUACAUGCAACGAUGAACUGUUAAUUAAACCAAACUGGUUCCACCUUUUGAUUUUCUGUAAUGGAUUACUUUUGAAUAUCUCUCUAUAUUGAUAUAUAAAAUCUGACUGAAAAUGUC